ACUGGCGAUGUGCGUACAAAAAAAAUAAAAAAGGAGUCCACAUCUUUGGGAGCAUUCUGUCAUCUGCCGACGGUCCUCCACUUUAUCGCGCUCCCCCUACACCCUGUUUUCUUUCUCUCACUUUUACCUUCCUCCUGGUUUUCAACCUAAACCUCCUCGCAGUCGUCUUCCUCACCCCAGAGAAGAAAGGCGAGGGAGACCUCCUCGCCGAAAAGUAUUGCCCCUCUCGCCUUCUCCCCACCCUCUCGGAGUUCUCACCGCUACGGCCGCUACCCCACGCUACUCGCUCUUCGAAACUCAGACGACUGCUUGCAGCCGUCGCGUUCGGUCGUGUGGGUGAGUUGGUGUACGAAGUUGCGGAUAAGAGCUCGCCCGCGUGGUCGUCGUUGUUUCUAAGUCUCUCCAUCUCGCCGCGCCCGUUGUCACUGGGACCCGAUCGGAUUAACCACCCAAGCUGGGUCCUACGGCGCCGCAACAACUGCUGCCCGCGAACCAGUCGCCGGCCAUGGAAGACGUGGUCGAUCUCAUGUGCAUGGAGGCGCCGCAACUGGGACACACGCCGAGAGCUUCGCACGAUUCGGCCAUCGUCGGUGACGCCGUUGUCAUGGCGAGGUUGCUGGGACUUCAAGAUCGCUACGCCGUCACGUGCGACUACUGCAGGCGCGUGCAGACGGAGGUUCAGACGCCGAUGAGGAAAACGCUGGCACUGUGGAUGUCCGAGGUGUGCGAGGAACAGGGCUGCGAGGACUCGGUGUUCCCGACGGCCAUGAACCUGCUGGACCGGUACCUGUCCGUGGUGUCGGUUCGCAAGUUGCACCUGCAGCUGCUGGGCUGCGUCUGCCUCCUGCUGGCCUCCAAGUUGCGUCAGACCCGCGCCCUGGCUGUAGACGCGCUCGUGUACUACACCGACUGCUCGGUCACCGCACAAGAGAUACAGGCCUGGGAACUGCAGGUGCUGAACCGGCUCAAUUGGGACGUCGCCUCGGUAGUGGCCAAUGAUUUCGUAGACCACCUGGUUGCCAUGCUGGGACUCGCCGACCGCGGCGACACCGUACGGAGGCACGCGAACACCUUCAUCUCCCUCUGCGCAACCGAGUACCACUUCGUUGGCUACAGCCCUGCACUGCUGGCCGCUUCGAGCGUAGCCGCAGCCGUUCAUGGACUCCGGACACCACUGCCCACCGCAGAAGCGCAGGACGAGCUCAUGUCGUCCCUCGAGAGAAUCACCAAUGUCCGGACGGUGGAGAUCCGGCGGUGCGUCCUCGAAAUAGAAACCCUGAUGGCGACCAGCGUGGCCGCCUUUCAGCAGCAGCAACAGCAAUCCUACUCGAAAAGUGGAGCAGUUACACCCUACCCGAGCUGCAAAAGCAGCACCCUAUUAACGCCCUGCAUCGCUGACACUCAGUCCAGUAAACCCAACACGCCGACUGAUGUUCAAGACAUCAACUUCUAGAUGAUCGUCUUUCCCAUGCGUCCAAUUUCCGUUUCGUGUACAUUUAUAUUUCCUGUGUCAUUCGCUUCGGAAACCUGUUACGUUUCGCGUUCGACAUUCCGUUUUUUACAUGUCCUCAUUCCAUGAACCAAAGAAGUUUAGAUAACUCCCUUUUGCUGGGAGUCACUGUUUAUCUUCUAUUCGACUUCGCUUUUAGA